UACUAGUGAAUUUUGACGACGCACUAAGCGUAUCCAAACUGGUUAGGAGCGGGUUUUUUCGUUAAUUUUAUAAUAAUCUGACUUGAGAUCAAAAUGGGAUCGAACAAACGGCAUAAAGCCGAGAAAAGUCGCGAUAUUAAGAAAAAACGUCAUCGUAGCCGUUCGCGAAGUCAUACCCCAGAACGUGAGAAAAUAGAUAAGCAUAGACAUCACAAGAAACACAAAAGGAAAGAACGUAAGGAUUACGAUAGCGAUGUUGAAAUUGUCAAUGCACCGCCGCCUCCAAAAAUCUCAAGAUCGUCGCAUCCUUCGACGCCUCCUCCACCUGAGAUUUCCAAACAACAUAGCCCUUCCCCUGUAAAAGAUGGCAUUUCGCAAACCUCAUUAUCGAUUGAGGAAACAAAUAAGCUUAGAGCAAAGUUAGGUUUGAAGCCUUUAGAGGUUGAUAGUACGUCAAAGGAUGAUCCCAACAAAAUCAAGGAUGAUUUGGGUGAAUUCUAUCAUAAACCAGCGCCGAAUGCCAACGAUCAGUUGAAAACUCAAAAAUUGAAGGAAAGAAUUGGCAUUCAAAAGCAAAAAAGACAGAUAGAGGCUAAUUUGGCGAAGAUAAAGUCAUUAGGGGAUGAUGAUUCUGACGACGAUACAAAAGCUUGGAUCGAUAAGAGCAGACGUUUACAGGAGGAGAAGAAGAAGGCAGAAGAGAGGGCCAAAAUGUUGGAUCAACUGGAUGAAGAGUUUGGAAUUGGUAAUCUUCUUAAGGAGGAAAUACACCUUUCUCGUAAUCUGGCUUAUACGGAAAAAGAUUUGAAGGGUUUGACGGUGGAACACGAUAUAGAGUGUAUUGCGGAAGGCAAAGGAAUGGUUCUAACCCUUAAAGAUCAAGAUAUAUUAAACGAGAAAAGCGAUGUACUUGUUAAUGUCAAUAUGGUGGACGAUGAACGAUAUAAGCGAAACGUUCAUAACAAAACUAAAAGGUCUGUUUAUAAUGCUUACGAGGAUGAUAAUUUCGAUGAGUUUGGCCUAUCGAAGAAGAACAUUUUAGAUAAAUAUGACGAAGAAAUUGAAGGAGAGAAAAAGGAUAAUUUCGUAUUGGGUAGUUAUAAUCCGGUAGAGAUAAAGCAGCGCCGUUCAGAAAUUGUUAAGCACCGUUUAGCAAAUAAGAAAUUGGAAUCAUUGCAAACGAGAGAACCACAAUUGGCUAGCGAAUAUUACAACGAGCAGGAGUUGGAGAAGUUUAAGAAGCCAAAGAAAAAGAUACGAAAAAUAAGAACGAAAAGAAAAUUAAAGGCAGACGACCUGAUGUCUCAAGAGAAUGAUUAUCUCAGAGACUUGGGAAGUAGAAGGAGCAAAAAAACUGAGGACGCAAAAGAAAAUGAUGGUACUUUAGACGUAGACGAUUUGGAAGGGCCCAAAGAAGAUUUAACGGGAAUAAAAUUUGAAGACGACGACAAGGAGUUAGAGCUGCAAAUGGCUUUAAAGAAGGCGCAUCGAUUAAAAGAAUUACAAAUGUCGGACGAGAAAAAUGUUACAGAAAGUGUUAAGCAAGAAUCAACAGCUUUAGACGAAAAUCAAUCGACGAACAUAGUUCUUAAUGCUACCGCAGAAUUUUGUAGAACCUUAGGAGACAUUCCAACGUACGGGCUUGCCGGUAAUAGAGAGGAAAAUGGACAGGAACUUAUGGACUUUGAGGUUGAUGGUAUCAAGGAUGAGAUCGUUUCUGACGAAGAAGAAGAUGAUGGUCGUGGUGCAUGGAAUACAGUACACUUAGAUGAAAGCAAAUCGGAGCCUGUAGCACUAGAAGCUGCUAUUUUAGAUGCAGAACCAUCGCUUGGCCAAGGUGUAGGUGGUGCAUUAAAACUAGCAAUGAGUAAGGGAUAUUUACAAAAGGAAGACAGUAACAGACCAUCUGCCUCACGCUUUGCACAUUUGCAAGCACAAAAUUAUUCUAUUGAAGACAAAACAUAUGGAGAUGACGAUAAGUUUGGAAGAAGAGAUCGUUUCAAUGGUCCUACAUCAGAUUUUAAAGAGAAAGAAGGCUUUAAGCCAAAUGUUAAAUUGGAGUACAUAGAUGACGAUGGACAUGUUUUAAGUGCAAAGGAAGCUUUUCGCUAUCUUUCACACAAAUUUCAUGGGAAAGGACCGGGAAAGAAUAAAGUGGAAAAGCGUAUGAAAAAAGCUGAGCAAGAGGUAUUAAUGAAAAGAAUGUCUUCGACGGAUACGCCAUUGGGAACACUUAAUUUAUUACAAGCAAAGCAAAAAGAAACUCAAUCACCGUAUAUAGUUCUCAGCGGUAGUAAACAAAUGCAAACGACUAGUAUAUCAAAAAUAAAACAUUGAAAAGAGAGAAAUUGCCGGUCUAUCAGAAAAUGCAAAUAUACAUUAUUAUGUAAAAUAUACAACUGUGCCGUAAGGAUUUUCUUUGAGUAAACUGCUGGUGUAAAAAGAAUAAAUACUUAAUAAUA